GCGUUGAGCCCUGGCCUGAGUAGUGGUGAGGGGCACCGUGACGCUAUUUCAUGUCACUGCUCGCCGGCAUUCCUCGAGUGUCCCUCUUUGUGCUCCGGGGUAUUUCUGAAGGCGGACAGUGGCUUCUCGCCUCCAGGAAAGGAACGCAGAGAAAUGUGGGGCGGGGGUGACACAUCGAGGGCGGCGAAGAGCAUUGUGGGGCGUAGGACCCCAUUCCCAACCGACUGAGCUCUCCUGGGUCCUCGCGCUGUCCGGGCACGAGAUACUUCUUCUCUGCCCUUGUAAAGAUUCCAAGGCGGGAAACUGAACCUUGUGGAAUUUUGUUGUUGCUGUUGCGCAUGCGUCUCCGUGCCAUGUUGCGUGAACUCUUAGGUUUAGGGUAGCGCCAUUUUGCUAUACGGAAGCUGAGACGGUGCGCACCGUCUUGCACCGAAGUCUUCCGGAAUAAUGUCAGGUCUGGUUCUGUUUGGAAAAAGAAGACCCCGAAAUAGGAUUGAGGAAGAUUUAAAAGGUCGAGCUGUUAUUUCCUAACGCUAUGCCCAAGCCAUCCCUCAUUACAUUCACUCCAGCCAGCGACCCCAGUGACCUUUGGAAGGAUGGGUGGCAGCAGUCACAGCCUGAGACACCAAAGUCCACCCUGGAUGGGGCUGCAGCCCGGGCAUUCUAUGAGGCUCUAAUUGCAGAUGAGAGCAUUGCCCCUAAACCUCAGAGGUCUACUUCUGAGCCUGCCCAGGAGAGAAAGAAGAAAAGACGAUUGAGGGUGGCUACAGCAGGAAUAUCAGAACAAAGGAGAUCCCGUGCAGCCGAGGACAAGAUGACCCAGUGGAUCCUGAAAGCAGCCCAGGACGGGGACUUGGCAGAACUUCGUAGGCUGUUGGAGCCUCCUGAGGCAGGGGGAGCUGGAGGGAAUAUCAAUGCCAGGGAUGCCUUCUGGUGGACCCCCCUCAUGUGUGCUGCUCGGGCAGGCCAGGGGGCUGCUGUGCGCUAUCUGCUGGGCCGGGGGGCUGCCUGGGUGGGAGUCUGCGAGCUGGGUGGCAAGGAUGCUGCACAGCUGGCUGAAGAAGCAGGCUUCCCUGAGGUGGCUCGCAUAGUCAGAGAAAGUCAUGGAGAGACAAGGAGCUCAGAGAACCGGUCCUUCUCCUCCUCCCCCCAGUUCUGCCAGACUUGUGGCUCCCACUUUGAAGACUCCAACCACCGCACAUCUACUGCUCACCUGCUGUCACUGUCCAGGGGUUCCCAACCACCCAGCCUUCCCCUUGGGGUGCCCACCUCCAGCCCUGGCUUCAAGUUACUGUUAAGGGGGGGCUGGGAGCCAGGAAUGGGACUGGGCCCCCGGGGUGAAGGCCGUGCCAACCCUAUCCCCACUGUGCUUAAGAGGGAUCAGGAAGGGUUAGGCUAUAGAUCAGCACCCCAGCCCCGAAUCACACACUUCUCAGCUCGGGACACCCGAGCUGUGUCUGGGAGAGAGAGGGUUCCUCGAGUCGCCACACUGAGUCAGAGGGAGAACAAAAGAUGUGAGGAGAAGGACAGGGCCUGGGAACGAGAUCUGAGGACGUACAUGAACCUUGAAUUCUGACUUUGGUGGAGUCUGGCCUGUCUGCUGCUGAAGUCUGAACUUGGACCUUUGACUUCUACUUCCUGGGAUCUGCCCAGGUGUAAACCCCUCAGGUUUCAUUCAUUGGACACUGCUUUUGGGAGAGAAGGACUGAGAGUUGAGAAAUAAAUAAGCCUCCUCCUA